AUGAGAGGGUACCUUGUGGCCAUCUUGCUGAGUGCCGUCUUCCUCUAUUAUGUGCUGCAUUGUAUAUUGUGGAGAACAAAUGACUACGGGGUGACACCUAUGGACAUGAAGCAAAGGAGCAGGAUCCAGCCUUGUUCAGCAAAGCCAGCUUUUGCCUCUCUCCUGAGGUAUCAUCAGUUUCACCCUUUUCUGUGUGCAGCUGAUUUUAAAAAUACUGUUUCCUUCUACGGUAGCGAUAAGUUUGAUUUGCCCUAUGGGAUAAGAGCAUCAGCCACAUACUUUCGACUUGCUCUUUCGAAACUGCAGAAUUGUGGUCUCUUUGAUGAGUUUGACAAUGUGCCUUGUAAGAAGUGUGUGGUGGUUGGUAAUGGAGGAAUUUUGAAGAAUAAGACAUUAGGAGAAAAAAUUGACUCAUAUGAUAUAAUAAUAAGAAUGAAUAAUGGUCCUGUUUUAGGACAUGAAGAGGAAGUUGGAAGAAGGACUACCUUCCGACUUUUUUAUCCAGAAUCUGUUUUUUCAGAUCCUGAUCACAAUGACCCUAAUACUACGGUGAUUCUCACUGCUUUUAAGCCUCUUGAUUUAAAGUGGCUGUGGGAAUUGUUGACAGGUGGCAAAAUAAACCCUAAUGGUUUUUGGAAGAAACCAGCUUUAAAUCUGAUCUAUAAACCUUAUCAAAUCAGAAUAUUAGAUCCUUACAUCACCAGAAUGGCAGCUUAUGAACUGCUUCAUUUCCCGAAAGUGUUUCCCAAAAAUGAGAAACCCAAACACCCAACCACAGGCAUUAUUGCCAUUACCUUGGCAUUUCACAUAUGUCAUGAAGUUCAUCUUGCUGGCUUUAAGUACAACUUUUCUGACCUCAAGAGUCCUUUGCACUACUAUGGGAAUGCCACCAUGUCUUUGAUGACUGAGAAUGAAUAUCACAAUGUCACUGCGGAGCAGCUCUUUCUGAAGGACAUUAUAGAAAAAAACUUUGUAACCGACUUGACCCAACAGUAA